UUGUAAUUGUUGCCGUCGUCCCGUUUCCAUGGAAACCACAAACUUUUAACUCGGUAUCGGCUGCAGGUCCCUAGUUUUAAACGGCCAUCAAAACCCGAGUUUUAUCCACAAAUUACGGCUAUUCUUUUGUUUGUCAUUUUGUUCAGACAAGACGUCAAAAAAUCUUCAUCAAAGAGGACAAUGUCCUGGAACUGGAAUAGCCACGGGUUACCAUUUUUACCGGGAUACAGUUUCCCUGAUGUAACGAAGUCGGCCUUCCAUCGUCCUCAGACUCUGGACUAUAAGAAUGGCUACGCUCUGCCUCGCCGUCCGGCUGUGGGCAUUGGACAGGAGCCACUCCUGUCAGAGCAGCUGAUCCAGCAGGAGAUCAGUGAGCUGUCCUUUCAAAACCCAGACACUACAUAUGGCUCCUUUGAACAGAGCCUAGCUGAAGAGUUCAUCCCAGCUCAUGUUGCCCUUGACAAGAAGGUUCUCCACUUUCAAGCUUAUUUUGAGGAAAGCGUAGUUUACUCCCCUGACGAGGAGUACCGCAUACGCCCCGUUGACAUUUACUACUACCUUGAGGAUGACAGCAUGUGCAUCAUUGAGCCAGUGGUGGAGAAUUCUGGGAUACCACAGGGGAAAAGGCUCAAACGCCAGCAACUGCCCAAGAAUGAACGUGGAGAUCAUUACCUCUGGAAAGACCUCAACCUUGGCAUGGAACUGGAGGUGUAUGGGGUCAAGUACCACAUCACACAGUGUGACCCUUUUACAAAGGAAUUCAUGGAGAGUGAGGGCAUUGUACUCAACGACCCUGUGCCAAUGCCUGUGGACCCUUAUGGCAAACGUCGCAGAAACCUCCAGCCCUCUUUCACAACACCCUCUGAAUUUGACAGCAUGUAUCGUUUUCUCACCAUGGAUCGUAAGGUGCUGCGUUUCUUUGCCCUGUGGGACGAGUCUGACUCUCUGUACGGGGAGACCAGGCCUGUUACAAUCCACUACUUCCUGGUAGACGACACAGUGGAGAUCAGAGAGGUCCAUGAACCCAACAGUGGCCGAGAUCCCUUCCCCAUAGUGAUGCGCAGACAGAAGCUGCCCAAGAAAAUCAAACCCGAGUCUGAGGGCUUUCCGCGCUGUGUGCUGGAAGUCUCAACAGAAGAAGUGGAUGAAUACUACUCCCCCAAAGACUUCCAGGUGGGCCAGACGAUGAAACUGCUGGGUCGUCGCUUCCAGUUGAAUGACUGCGACGGCUUUACUAAAGAGUACUACCAGAAGAACCACCCUGAUCUGGAUGUGAAGACCAUAAAGAUACCAAAGAAGACAGACAGACUUCAGGAGAAGAAGAAGGAGAUUCCUGCCUACAACGGUUUUGGUUCACUUGAAGAUUCUCUCCAGAAUUGUUUGUCUUUAUAUCCUGAGCCUCCCAAAAAGAACAUGCUGAAGAUGCUAGCGAACGGCAACAAAGUGCUGCGCUUCAGUGCCAGGCUGGACUCCCAGAACUCUGAAGAUGAGGGCCGACGUUUCGUUUUGUCCUACUUCUUGGCAGAUGACAUGAUCAGUAUUUUCGAAAAGUCCACACGCAACUCUGGCAUCAUCGGGGGAAAGUUCCUGGAAAAAACGCGCAUCCCCAAGCCCGGGUCUACAGUGGAUAAUCCUGAGUUCUACUCACCUGCAGACUUCGCUAUCGGAGCCACAGUGGAGGUUUUCAGCCAUCGCUUUGUGCUAACGGAUGCUGACUACUUUGUGCUGAAGUUUCUUGAGUCCAUCUCGAGCCAAAUUCCUGUUCAAACGCUGGACUCUCUGCGCCAGAAGCUGUGUGUGGGGACGACUAAUAACCAGACAGCUGACCAUAAUGGUGAUGAUGUAGCGGAGAUAUCGUAACCCUGAUGACAGAGAAGGCCGGAGUGAUGUUUACGCCCUAAUAAAUCAGACCACAAGACUAUGAAUUAAACCUUUUUGUGAGUCUUAAUAAAUAUAUACUGUUAUAAAAAAAGGUCUGUGAAAAAGGUGAUUUUUUUUUGUUGUUGUGUAAAAUCUAACAGCUUCUGGAGUUGAUCAAAUACACCAAUUGUUUGGUGCGCGUUUGGUUGAGUUACUGAAAUACCAUUCUCACGCCUGGCACACACACAGGUAUUUUAAAGUAGGGAUAUAAGUUUUAUAAAGACAACUGUAGUAGCUUGCAAUACUUGUCUGAACUAUAAAGUUUGCUAGAAACAUAAAUAAUAUGUCCCAAUGCAUGUGUGCCAAAGAUUCCAG